ACGAAAAAUGGCCGCGUAUCAAGUGCUCGAGACGACAUGUCGGCUGAUCGACCGAGGGGGACUCGACCGCCGCACGAAGCUAGAGGCCACGGGGCGAAUCACGCAUGAAAUGAAGAAGGACCCGAUGCUGUUGGAAGUGUUUGCCGUCGAACGCAUUCAAAACUGCGCAAGGGGUCUGAUGUCCGAUACCGACACGUCGGUGCGUACGGCAGCGCUUCGUGUGCUCCGGUACUCGAUGAUUAACAGCGCGUCGACGGCUCAAGCCAUCAAGCUCGGUGUACACUUGUUUGUAUCGAGAAGCAUGGAACGAGAUGCGAAACUCGUCGGCGAGCGUAUCCAGGCGCUCAAGGUCGUGCGUCGUUUCAUGGACAUUGACGCGUUGCAGGUGCCGACAAGCGUCGUCCGGUCCAUCGUCGCUAUUGCCAACCACAAGGAAGACAACCUGCGCCGCGUAGCGUUGGAAACAUUGCGUGAACUCGCCAUUGCGAACGUAUCUGUCGUCAUGCAGUGCAAUGGGAUGAAGACGUUAGUCGAUUGCAUUCUGGAUCCAACAUGCCAGGAUAUUGCUGAAGCGCUGCUCAUGACGCUCAUAUAUCUCAUCAACGAGCCCGCAAACCGCAACCUGAUUCACUCGUUCGUGAACGUCCAAGUGCUGCUGGCGCCAUUCACCGACACAGACUCUCCUGCCGGCACCGAGCGGCGGCAGCGAUGGACGGCAAGCCGAAACGCAAUUGUCAUGAUGAUGCGGUCGUGGACGGGCAUUCUCGUCCUUACGGCGAACCCACAAGGCCUGCGGGCGUUGGUGCGCAUGCUGGAGCAACCCGUCGGCGACGACGUCAAGAAGGUCGUGCUCGCGACCAUUUGCGACAUCUUCUACACGAAUGCCCCGCUCGACAAGAACGGCAACGACAUCGACCGGAGCCAAAUGGAUCCGACCAAAGCAGGACUUGCUAUGUCGGACAAGCCGAUAGUGUCGACGCAUGGCGGAACCAACUUGCUGGACAACUAUAUGGUGUUGGUGCUGCUGUCGCUGGGGCACUGCGGCCUCCUGGAAGCCCUUGUUGCGCUAGGCACGUGCGCGAAUCGAUCGGCGCUUGCAGAACCUGCCAUUGAACUGCUCAGCGAAGUCCUGCACCUAAGUGCCCGGUUGUUACCCGACCAACACUGCGCGAUGCUACUGGCCCUGCCGCAACUCGUUGCCACAACUGCGUACUCGAAAGUCGACUACCUUGCCGAUUUGCAAUCCAAACCACCCGAGGACCGCGGGGAGCGAGAGCACGCGAUCCGUGCGUCCGAGAUGCUCGCGGAACUGGCCCGCGCAGUCGGGGCCAGUUCUAGCUCCGGAGGUCUCGUCACCCGCCAAAACCCGAGCACCGUCAACGGAGUCCAUCUCGCGUCGGAGCUGCUUCGGGGAACAAACCGCCCGUUGCACAAUUUUAACGUGCACAGCCAGCGCGACAGCGCGCGGGAAAUGCUCGUCUACGACCUCAAGGUGCAUCUCGACAACCAAAUGGACGACCACACGUUUCGGGACUUGCUCAUGCACAAAAGCCGCGUCUUGUACGGGAAAGACUGGUUUCGGUGGAACUGGGACAUCAUUUCAGAGCUCCUGGAAGGGCCGCUGACCAACCCCGCCCGACUCUCGGAAGCGAUGAAGACCAAGUUCUUCAAGCGCGUGUCGGGCUUUUUCCGUUGCGACAAUAGCGACAAAGGGUUCUUUGCGGGGCUUCCAUGGACCCCCGACUACGUCCCGUACUUGCGGCCAGCGUGCCAAAUGUACACGUUGCUGUUGAAUCAUCCAGAAGGCAUUGCUUUCCUGAAAACGGAUCGACGAGGCCAACUCCUCAACGAAAUCUCGACGGCCCUCGAGCUCGAAGGACGGCCAGAAGCCACGAUCGUCGAGUCGCACUUGGGGGAAUUGCAGUCUCGCAUGUUUAGUCCUGAAUAUUGUUCGCGCCGCAUGCUUCGCGAAUACUUUACGCUGCUUGGCCUCAUGAGCUCGUCGCCUGAAGGGCUCAAGAUGAUGCAGCGCAUCUUUGCGAGGCUGACCAAGCUCGGCACAGUCAAAGACAAGGGAUCGUUUGCGAGCUUGGACUUGUCCAAGAGCCAGCGCGCCGUCAAGGACAAGAGCCAAAGCCACGACUUUUUGUGCCGGUUGAUUCUGGCCAAUUUGGACUACACCGUCGAAGGCAGCUCGCGCCAACUCUUGACGGAUUGGAUGAACUAUGGGUCCGAGUCAUUGCGCUUGUACGCGACGUGCUUGCUGCGUGCGUUGCUGCGGUCCGAGAUCGAAGGGUUUGAGCGAUGGGGCAUCGAGAGUCUUGUGGCGCAGCUCGACAAAGAACCGAAUGUCGCCCGCGCGGCGCUGAGUGUCCUCGAAGAAGCGGCGGAGCAAUCGCCCGUGUACUUAUCGGCCAUGAUCAAGAAGCGAUCGCUCCAAUUCGUGCACUUGCAAGCCGAGUCGCUCCUGCUCAAGUUUCUUUCCCUUCCCGAAGGUACUGACCAGUGCGCCAGCGCGUCCAUCGGCCUGCAAUGCACUCGACCACUCGUUCCACAACGUGCCGUUCUCUAUAUAGGGCUGGCAUUUCUCAAGGACGUCCCCAACUGGAUCUCAUCCAACUUGAUGCAGUGGCGCCAGGUCAAGUACGUUCAGUACGUGCACUUGGUCGAGUCGCAAUUGCUCUGUGGCGUCUUCCGCGACAAGCAGAGCGUCACGACCAAUGCGUCCAAGGCGGCGCUCAAGCCCGUUCCGAUUCCAGUCACAGUGCCAAACCGUCGCAGCUCCAACUUUAAGCACGGUCCGCAUCGCGAACAAUGGGGGCUCGAGUGGCUCUUCCGCAUGCCAUGGAACAUCGAAGUCAAGCUCGUGGGACCCCCCGGCAGUGGCCCGCCGGCGCACUUGACUAUCGAUGCAUUUGUGGAUGCCAGCGAGACUGGCCAGGACGUGCCAUCCAGCUCGGAUGGCAAUCCCUUGAGCACGAUUCGCAUCAAGGGAGUUGUCGUCGAUGCUCGAAACAUCCCGAAACCAGUGAUGGUCAACAGCCAGCAAACGCUGCAAGCGUGCUUGUUCCUGGGCGCCCAGCCCGUCGAUCGGAAAGGCCACACUCGGCCCGCCCCGACGACGAAUGGCGGAUUCCCUGCCCCAAAUGACAAGGAACCGGGGUCGGCUGUCGCAGCCGCGUCAGCGACGGCUCCACCGAUUCGGUCUCGAACGGAAAGCCGCGGGGUGACGGAUCGGUUGUCCGAGUUCAGCAUGGACAGCUCGACGGCGUACGAAGCGCCAGAAGAGAACAAGGAUUGGAGUUCGUGCGGGCCAGAGCAUCGCACGGCUGCAGUCCUCUUCAACGCUGCGAUCAACACCAACGCAUCGGGGUCGGAGAAGGAGGCAAGAUUAUGCCCCGCCGGCGAGCGCGCUGUUUGGACCUUUGACAUGGACACGGACAACCAGCAGAUCAAGCGCGUGCAACUAAAAAGCGUCGAGUUUACGAUCCAGUUGCUGCCAACCAAGGCGCCCACGGUGCCCCUGCCUCGGCACUUUUACGGAGAACUCGCCAAGACCGAAGAUGGGUGUGCCAUCCUCAGGCAGUCUGGUCACUUGUCGGAACUCGUGGCUUCGCUCAAGGACCCGACGGUCGUCCCGUUGGAGAAGCGCGCGGCACUGUGGACGCUCGGCCACAUUGCUGGAACCAAUCGAGGGUACGUCGUGCUGCGUAUGCCGUGGUGUUUGCCGCUGGUGCCCUUUGCACGAAUCCGCCCUUCCGUCCUGCCGCUCAAGUUGUGUGCUUCAGUUGUCCUUGCUGCUAGUUCAGUGCGAUUUGGCUGCACGAUUCAUUGUGGCGAAAGCUCGUGGCAUUGAAUAUGGAUGGUCCGCUGUAGGUUUGAGCUGCUGUUGAGUUACGCCGAUGACUUGGUUGAGUGCAUCGUCCACAUGGCCACGUCAUGCCAACUCCUGAGCCUCCGGGGGACGAGCAUUUUUGCCCUUGGGUUGAUUAGUAGGUCCAGUGCGGGGCGGCGUGCGCUGUCGCAAGCUGGCUGGAUCGCGCCCCGAGGCUCGAACGUCUCGAUUGCUGUGCCAAACAACGUGGCGUCCCUGUUCGAGUGGCCAUCGGUGUCACACACACCGUUCCCCAGCGAACUCGUCGACCUGUCAACAUCGUUCGUGUCCCCGAACUUCAUCAAGUCGGGCAAGGCGUCGGCGAAAGCAAAAGAAAUCUUGCGGCUCAUUGGAGACUUGAGCUCAACGAUCUCUCAGAAGGAGGCCGGGGCAUCGUUGAAUCGAAUGAAGGGCGCGCACCCGGAGCUGUUUGAGGACACGGAGACCGCGUUGGCAGCGCAUACGAUCUUGGCGCGGUACCAUUAUCGUCUCUCGGCGCGACAGUUCGUUAUGAACUUGUUCGAGAAAGCCGACUUGUCCAACGCAUCGCUCAACCAAUACUUGUACCAAGGCGAAGAGUCGGCCCAGGUGGUGCCCCAAGGUGGCCGCAGGCGGCGAUCGUCUGUGAAUGCGCCCUCACUCAGCUCGACGAUCCAGUCCCUUCUCCACAGCCACAGCAAGGAGACGGUGCUCGCGACGGCGCGGCACAUCCCAGACCACGAAAACACCAUCUUUGUCGGGGCCAGCGAAGCCUUGGUGUAGCGCGCGCCACGACCCUGCUGAGCUUGUCGGGGGUCGUCAUGUGAGAAGAAUUUCGCCCAAUCAAAACGCUUGCUUUGAAAUUCAUAUUCGUUUAUAGAGGUCGACGUCCAGCAAAUUGCGCGGUCGUCGCCAUUUUGCGUAUCAAUUGAUCAAGGCUAUUA